AUGAGACUUUUCAGCAAUAGAAUUAUUAACAUAACGGUUUACAUUUUUUCCUUUCCCAGAGAUGCAUCCACACACAGAAGGAAAGGAUACUUCUCUGCUAAUAAGUUUUCUGGUGAUUACGGAGCGAAUCAUGACUACCGUGAUAAAUUCAAAGGGCAACAGCCCAGGGAUGAAUCCCGCUUACUAGGAGAAAUACCCUCAUAUAAAGAUAAUAGUACAUGGCGUCUUUUUGUAAAACACUUCGAGGAAGAUUGGCAAGAUUUCAGUAAGGACAUGACAAUCAAGAGGAACCAAUGGUUUGAAGAAAAAAAUGUCGAAUCAAACAAAUUGACAAAGUCCAUGGAAGACGAUAAAAAUAAAUGGUUCAAAGCAAAAGAUAGAGAAUUGCAAAUUUUGAACAAAGCUUUAGAAUACAAAUUCGCUAGUGUCGAUCCUACUCUGCGUAAACGACGUGAAAGCGCUAUGUCUGGAAAACCUGCAAUGGAACCAAUUGCAUUGAAUGAAGCUGAUGCUGAUGAUCAUAAUAAAGAAGAGGCCCAAGACAGCAAAGCAGCAGAUUCCGAAAAAGAGAAAAAGGUAAAUAGGUAUCCAACAGAAUUUAAUAAAAAAGAAGAAAGCACAUAUAAACCAAAGCCAAAAGAUUCUAUAAAAUCGAAACUUCCAGAAAAAGGCGAAAUAAUCCCAAAUGAAGAAAUGCAAAGACCCGAAAUGAAAAGCGUCCCAAUGGAAAAACCCGAAGUGAAAAGUGUCCCGAUGGGAAAACCCGAAAUGAAAAGCGUCCCAAUGGAAAAACCCGAAGUGAAAAGUGUCCCAAUAGGAAAACCCGAAAUGAAAAGCGUCCCACUAGGAAAACCCGAAAUGAAAAGCGUCCCACUAGGAAAACCCGAAAUGAAAAGCGUCCCAAUAGGAAAACCCGAAAUGAAAAGCGUCCCAAUAGGAAAACCCGAAAUGAAAAGCGUCCCAAUGGAAAAACCCGAAAUGAAGAGCGUCCCGAUAGUAAAACCUCCAGUGAAAACCGUCACAAUGGUAAAAUUCGAAAUGAAAAACGUCCCAAUGGAAAAACCUGAAAUGAAAAGCGUUCCAAUGAUAAAACCCGAAAUGAAGAGCGUCCCGAUAGGAAAACCAGAAAUGAAGAAGAUUCCAAUGAAAAAAGUCCCAGUGGAAAGGGAAGAAAUGCAACUUGAUGAAUUCCAUCCCGAACAUAUCUACACCGAAGAAGUACCCCCAGAAGAAAUAAUACAAAAAGAAAAGUUAUACCGAGAAAAACCCUCUCAAGAGGAAGUUCCCCCAGAACAUAUCCACCAAGAGGGAGAACACCCAGGAGAAAUGCACCCAGCAGAAAUGCAACAGUUCGAAAGUAUGCACCAGCAACAAAAUGUUGAGCAAAUCGGUGAAGGAGCUUACUCUCCUAAUAAGACACCAUCUGUAAAUGCAGAAUACCAGACUCCUGUAGCUCCUCCUCAAUAUCAAACUGAAAGCCCCGAACACAAGGAAAAUAUUUCCCAUAAAUAUGAAAAAGGUACAAUCUCAGCUUGGGAAAAAACAAUGCAAAAUAAAAAGUUAAAGGAUGAAAACAAAAUUACUAAACCACUUGGCAUUGAACUUUCUAAAAAAUCAGCAAAAGACGAAGAAAGAUCUGAGAUAUACAACCACAACAACAGAUACAACCACAACAACAGAUACAACCACAACAACAGAUACAACCACAAUACCAGCCUGAACCACACAUGCAACGGCCACAAGAGCGACAACGACAAUUGCGACCAAAGCCACAAGCGAGACCUAACGCGCAACUGCAAGAACAGCCACGGAUGGGUCCGCAAGAACAAAUCCGACCACAGCAACGAAUGCGACGCCAACAAGAAAUCCGACCUAAACAAAAAGGACAACCGAAACAAAAACGACAAUCGAAGCCACAGCGACAACCGCAACCACAAGUACAAACGCAAUCAGAGGUACGAGGGAAAUCAAAAAAUGGAAUAG